CUGAGCUCUCUUCCUGCAGCACGAGAGACAUAAAAAUUAAUUGAUUUGUUUAGAAAGCUUUGCCAUUUAGUUCAUUUUUUCCUCUGAAUAUUUUUUUCAAGUUAAGGUAAACACCUGAGAAAAGAAAUGUCUGACAGCGAGGACAGUGACUUUUCAGACAACCAGAGUGAGCGGAGCAGCGAAGCGGAAGAAGUGGAGGAGAACGAGGAGGAAGAGGGGCAGGGAAGCGUGGCGGGCAGUGACAAAGCAGAAGAAGAAGGAGAAGACCUGGAGGAGGAUGAGGAGGAAUAUGACGAGGAGGAGGAGGAGGACGAUGACCGACCUAGAAAGAAACCGCGACAUGGUGGCUUCAUCUUGGAUGAAGCUGACGUGGAUGAUGAGUAUGAAGACGAAGACCCAUGGGAGGAAGGUGCUGAAGACAUUUUGGAGAAAGCAGAGGAAGCAGAAGUGUCCAACAUCGAUGUGGUUUUGGAUGAAGAUCAUUCAGGAUCCCGAAGGCUCCAGAACCUUUGGAGAGACUCUAGAGAAGAAGCCUUGGGAGAGUACUACAUGAGAAAAUAUGCUAAAUCUUCAGGAGGAGAGCAUUUUUACGGAGGAUCAGAAGAUCUGUCUGAUGACAUCACUCAACAGCAACUGCUUCCUGGUGUCAAAGAUCCUAAUCUUUGGACAGUUAAGUGCAAGAUAGGUGAGGAGAGGGCAACUGCCAUCGCCUUGAUGAGGAAGUUCAUUGCUUAUCAGUUCACAGACACACCUCUUCAGAUCAAGUCUGUGGUGGCCCCUGAACAUGUGAAAGGUUACAUCUACGUGGAAGCUUACAAACAGACUCAUGUCAAGUCUGCCAUCGAGGGAGUGGGCAAUCUCCGCAUGGGCUUCUGGAACCAACAGAUGGUACCCAUCAAAGAGAUGACUGACGUCCUUAAAGUUGUGAAGGAGGUGACCAACCUCAAGCCCAAGUCAUGGGUCCGACUCAAGAGAGGCCUCUACAAAGACGAUAUCGCUCAGGUGGAUUAUGUGGAACCCAGCCAGAAUACAAUAUCACUCAAAAUGAUCCCUCGGAUAGAUCUGGACCGCAUCAAAGCCAGGAUGAGCAUGAAAGACUGGUUUGCCAAGAGAAAGAAGUUCAAGAGGCCACCUCAGAGACUCUUUGAUGCUGAGAAGAUCAGGUCUCUGGGAGGAGAAGUCAGCCACGAUGGAGACUUCAUGAUAUUCGAAGGCAAUCGGUACAGUCGCAAAGGCUUCCUCUUCAAAAGCUUUGCCAUGUCAGCAGUGAUCACAGAUGGGGUGAAGCCAACUCUGUCAGAGCUCGAGAAGUUUGAGGAUCAGCCAGAAGGCAUCGACUUGGAAGUGGUGACUGAAACAACAGGUAAAGAGCGUGAACAUAACCUCCAAGCAGGAGACAAUGUGGAGGUCUGCGAGGGCGAGUUGAUCAACCUUCAGGGCAAGAUCUUGAGUGUGGAUGGUAACAAGAUCACCAUCAUGCCCAAGCACGAAGACCUCAAGGAUCCUCUGGAGUUUCCAGCUCACGAGUUGAGGAAAUACUUCCGUAUGGGAGACCAUGUGAAAGUCAUCGCCGGUCGGUAUGAAGGAGACACUGGGCUCAUCGUGCGUGUGGAGGAGAACUUUGUCAUCCUUUUCUCUGAUCUCACCAUGCAUGAGUUGAAGGUCCUGCCCCGUGAUUUGCAGCUGUGCUCUGAAACAGCCUCGGGAGUUGAUGCAGGUGGACAGCAUGAGUGGGGUGAACUGGUGCAGCUGGACCCCCAAACAGUGGGCGUUAUUGUUAGGCUGGAGAGGGAGACCUUCCAGGUUCUGAACAUGCAUGGGAAGGUGUUAACCGUUCGGCACCAGGCUGUGAACAGACGGAAAGACAACCGCUUCGCUGUCGCUCUGGACUCAGAGCAGAACAACAUCCACGUGAAGGACAUUGUCAAGGUCAUCGAUGGACCACACUCGGGGCGUGAGGGUGAGAUCCGCCACUUAUUCAGAGGGUUUGCCUUCCUGCACUGUAAGAAACUGGUUGAAAAUGGAGGCAUGUUUGUGUGCAAGACACGUCACCUGGUCCUAGCUGGAGGUUCAAAGCCGAGAGAUGUGACCAAUUUCACAGUGGGGGGGUUUGCACCUAUGAGCCCCCGCAUCAGCAGCCCCAUGCACCCUGGAGGCGGUGGUCAGCAGCAGAGGGGAGGAGGCGGUGGAGGAAUGGGGCGGGGCCGAGGAAGGCGUGACAAUGACCUGAUUGGACAGACUGUCCGCAUAUCCCAGGGACCAUACAAAGGGUACAUUGGUGUAGUGAAGGAUGCUACAGAAUCAACGGCACGUGUGGAACUUCACUCAACCUGCCAGACGAUCUCUGUGGAUCGCCAGCGCCUCACAACAGUUGGGGCCAAGAAGCAUGGAGGAAUGACCUCGACCUAUGGACGAACCCCUAUGUACGGCUCCCAGACGCCCAUGUACGGAACAGGCUCUCGUACCCCAAUGUAUGGCAGUCAGACCCCCCUGCACGACGGAAGCCGCACCCCUCACUAUGGCUCCCAGACCCCGCUGCAUGAUGGGAGUAGGACGCCAGGCCAGAGUGGAGCUUGGGAUCCAAACAACCCCAACACACCAUCACGGCCGGAUGAUGAGUUUGAAUAUGGCUAUGAUGAUGAGCCUUCCCCAUCUCCUCAGGGAUAUGGGGGUACCCCUAACCCCCAAACCCCUGGCUACCCAGAAGUGCCCUCCCCACAGGUCAACCCCCAGUACAACCCCCAGACACCUGGAACGCCAGCCAUGUAUAAUACAGAUCAGUAUUCUCCAUACGCUGCACCUUCUCCUCAGGGCUCAUACCAGCCCAGCCCAAGCCCACAGAGUUACCAUCAGGUAGCACCCAGUCCGGUGGGAUACCAAAACACCCACUCACCUGCAAGCUACCACCCAACCCCAUCCCCCAUGGCCUAUCAGGCAAGUCCAAGCCCUAGUCCUGUAGGCUACAGUCCCAUGACCCCCGGAGCACCUUCCCCGGGCGGCUACAACCCCCACACCCCGGGCUCCAACAUAGAUCAAACCUCCAGUGACUGGGUCACCACUGAUAUCUUGGUCCGUGUCAAGGAUACCUUCCUGGACGGAGGGGUCGUUAACCAAACCGGCGUGAUCCGCAGCGUGACUGGAGGCAUGUGUUCCGUCUUCCUCCAGGAUACAGAAAAGGUAGUUAGCAUUUCCAGUGAACACUUGGAGCCUGUGACACCAACCAAAAACAAUAAGGUGAAAGUUAUAUUAGGAGAAGAUCGGGAAGCUACAGGAGUCCUCCUUAGCAUUGAUGGAGAAGAUGGGAUUGUCCGAAUGGAACUGGACGAGCAGCUCAAGAUUCUCAAUCUCCGCUUCCUUGGGAAACUUGAGGUGUAAGGGGGAGGAGACACACAUACACACACACAUACAGCAGCAGCAACACAGUCAACCAUGUUUCAAAGGAAAUCAGCAAUGUCUUUUGUGUUGUUUUGUUUUUGACGCCUCCCAUGCCAUCAUAUAUUGAAAUUAAAAAUUAGUUCACAUGAUUUGCAUUUUAUUAUUUUUAGUAGAGUUCUUUUUAGUCAAUAUAGUGGAUGUAUUUUUGUGUUUUUCUUUUUCUUUUGGUGGUGGUGUUGAAAUUGAGUUUUUGGCAAUUCAAUUCCAUGUCAAUAAAUAUUUGGACUACA